AUGGCUUGGACGAGCUUGCUCAGAGUUGGAAAAAAUUCUCUGUCAGAAGUGGAAGGGAGAAAAGUUGAUUUAUCAAGGAAGAAGAAAACGGGGGAUUAUGUGGUGGUAGCAAAAUUCCUUACUCGUCGGAAUAUUAAGAUUGAGGCGGUGGCUCGCACAUUCCUACCAAUAUGGAAAACUAGAGGUAACUUUGAGGCCAAUGAUGCGGGAGGUAAUGUGUUUCUCUUUGAUUUUGAACUUGAAGUUGAUGCUGCGAAGGUAAUGAUGGGUGAACCUUGGGCUUUCAAUAGGCACUUGGUUGUCAUGGAGCGUUAUGAUGGUUCUACCCCGAUUCGUGAUCUGAAAUUCAGUACCAUGUCCUUUUGGGUUCAAAUACACGACCUUCCAUUCUCCUUUAUGUCGAAUGAAGUGGCUUUCAGCAUUGGAGAAACUCUUGGGGCUGUUUUAACUCCGAAGGAUUCAUCAGAGAUGAGAGGAAGUAACUUCAUGCGCAUAAGGGUUGCUGUUGACAUUACAAAACCGUUAUUUAGGGGGUGA